AGCCAAGCCCUAACCUCAGAAGCUGCUCUAGAAAAACGUUCCAAAGAUUCCGGCGGCGGCGCCGGUGAGCCAGCGUCCCCCCCGCUGCGCAAGCACCGCCCAUGAAGAUGACGGAGGCGGCGCCUCCCUCCAAGAAAAGGAAAUCGGGGGGACCCGGAAGCAGCGAACCGGAGGAAAUCUCGAGCCGUGAACUGCCGGCGGCGGCGGUCAUGGAGGUGCCAGAUUCCCGCACCCAACCACCACCGCCCGGAGCUGAAGGAUUAGAGGAAGGUGUCGACUAUAUCAGCGGACUCCCCGACGCCGUCCUCGGCGACAUCAUCUCCCUCCUCCCUACGAGGGAGGGCGCUCGCACCCAAACCCUCGCCUCUCGGUGGCGCCACCUCUGGCGCUCUGCUCCUCUCAAUCUCGACUACGACGACCUCCCCGCCGAAGGGGACGUUCUGAUUGCCCUCAUCGCCCAGAUCCUCUCCGCCCACACUGGCUCCGGCCGCCGCUUGCGCAUCUCUGCGAACCACCUCUGCCAUGAACCCGCCACCGUGGAUGCCUGGCUCCGGUCCCCUGCCCUCAGCAACCUCCAGGAGCUCGAGUUCUGCCGCGCCGCUAACCAUCCACCGGUACUGCCGGCGGUGGCGGCGUCCACCUUCCGUCUCUCGUCCAGCCUCUGUGUAGCCACAAUCAGUCAAUGCCUCCUCUCCGACGGCAUCUUCGAGACGCUUCACUUCCCCCAGCUCAAGCAGCUCACGCUCGAAGAGGUCAGCAUCUCGGAAGGCUCUCUGCACCGCGCCAUCGCUGGCUGCCCCGUCCUGGAAUCCAUGCUUCUUAACAGAAGCACUGGCUUCAAAUGCGUCCGGAUCUGCUCCCCGAGCCUUAGAGCCAUUGGCGUGCGUGUCAGGAGUUUUCAACGGCCGAAAAUCAUCGUUGAGGAUGCCCCUUAUCUUGAAAGAUUGCUCCGACUUGAUGUAGACGAGGGAUUGGAUAUCUCAGUAAUCUCAGCGCCAAACCUGGAGAUCAUGGGCUGCCUUCCUUAUAAAAGGCCUAUUCAGGGACUGUGUGCUGUGUUCCCAACAGUGUUACACACUAUCAAGACUCUAUCUAUCUAUGUUUUUUAUAGUAGCGUCGAAAUGGUGCUUAGUUUCAUGAGUUGCUUCCCCUGCUUGGAGAAGUUGUACAUUGAGCAAGAUGUGUCCCCAGACAAUAUUUCGUGGCGUCGUAAGCACAAGCGUCACAUCAGAAGCCUUGACAUCCGCCUCAAGACAAUAGUGUUGAAAAACUAUCGAGGUGUCUUGGGAGAUGUUAACUUUGCCAUGUUCUUUGUAUUGCAUGCUAAAAUGCUAGAGUUGCUUAGAUUUAAGGUUCAAGGUGGCUGCAGAAACGACUUCAUUGCAAGGCAGCGGAGUUUGCUUCAGCUGGAGAAGAGGGCUUCCAGAGAUGCUCGGUUUGAAUUCACAUGUGAUACAGAUCACCGCAAAAUAGAAGAUAUCAAUCAUGCGCGGGAUUUGUCUGUAGCUGAUCCUUUUGAAUGGUGACUUUGAUAUUGGGAUUGCUGUGUAGGAAUUGUUCUUAUUAUCUCAUUUUAUGCUCUAUCCAAGCCUCACUAGGAUUUUUUUUAAUUGCUUUGAAGUGUCUGGUGCCCUGGAACCUUGUGAUAUUUAGACCAACUAUGUAGCAUCUUUAGAGAAGUGUGGACAAAUUUAGUAUUUGUGUUUAGUCAAGGCUAUGUUGUUGCAAAGUUUGAAUUCAUUAUGCUUUUACAUCCUGUGUAUCCUCUAAAACUGAGCUACUUCAUUCUACAGCAGGUUUUCUUAUUUGAAUGUUUCAAGAACAGGGAACUUACUUUGUCGCUGCAAUUUUCAUUCAGUAAUCCAUCUUUGGUUGUCAUCUUAUUUAUGUACAGGGUGUUCAGCCAGGUUGUUCCCUCACAUGAUGUCCAUGAGCAGAAGGCGAGGCUGUGCUCAAGAAUAUCAUUCUACCCGCGGAGCAUGACGAGCAUCUAGCCUUAAUUCGCUAACCGGAGAUAAGCUGCCUCCCUGAAGCAAAUCAUGCGCUUGAUUUUCUGGCAGUUCAUUCCUUUGAUACAAUGCACUGGAUGCAUGUUUGCAUGGUGUUCCUAUUACCUGCGACCAAGUGCAAUCGCAUAUUUAAGGCACUUAAGCCAAGUUCAUAUGUUCUGACAGAGCAGCGCACCUCAAACAUAUGAGGAAAAAAAAAAUCUUUGUCGAGUCAAUUCAUCAUACAUAGUUCAAAAGAAGAAAAAGAAAACCCCUUGUAUGUACACAUCAGAUGAAGAAGGGUGGGUGCAAGGCGAGGUGGGUGCAUCUGAACUCAAACUGCACAGCCGCAGAGGAACAAUGAAGCACCUGAUCAGUCAUGAUCAAGCAGCUGCAGUCUCACGCAUUCUUCCCCAAUGGUUAGAGCUUCAAUCAGGAAGAUUCGCUCUGAAAACGUGUGUGAAGGAGCACUCCGCACCCCGAAAUUAGACCCCGACCGCCACAGAAAUGUGUCAAAGAACCACAUAUUUCUCAGAUCAACCAAACCCAGGAGCACAACCUUGCUAUAUUAGAACAUAUAGAUGAUCCAAACUGUAACAGUACUGUCUCAGCAAACUGUCAUUUUACUGUUAACUUUGUGACCAUUGAUUAGAGGUUUUUGUUGGCAACUAAUCAACUGUAGAAAUUGCAUGCCAUAACCGCUCAAUUAUUAUAUUAGUCUGUAAUGGUUUGUUUAGACGAAAGGCACCUCUCCACGUAUAAGCUGUGGCCUGUUCAGAAGUUGUUGAGCAUUUGCUUGAUUGAUCA